AUGAGCAACUACACCAAACAGCAUGACUUCCUGGUCGGCAUCGACUCCGAUGGCUGCGCCUUUGACACGAUGGAGCUGAAGCACAAAGAGUGUUUCAUCCCCAACAUCAUCAACGAAUACGAACUGCAAGGCGUGAGCAAAUACGCCCGCGAGGCAGCCGAGUUCGUCAAUCUGUACUCGAAGAGUCGCGGCAUCAAUCGCUUCCCCGCUCUGGUCGAAGCCCUUGAGUGGCUUAAGCGUCGCCCCGAGGUUGCCGAUCGCGGGGUCGAAAUCACCAUCCCGCCGGGCUUGGUUGCCUGGAUCGAGCGCGAAACCAAGCUCGGCAACCCCACGCUCAAGCAAGCGGUCGCAGAAACCGGCGAUGCCGAUCUCAGGCAAGCCCUCAAGUGGUCCGAGGCCGUCAACGACACGGUGGAGAAGUUCGUUCGCGGCGUUCCGCCCUUCCCCUUCGUGCGAAAGAGCCUCGAAAAGCUGAAGCCCCAGGCCGACAUGCUGGUCAUCUCCGCCACACCCAACGAGGCCCUUCGCCGCGAAUGGGAAGAGCACGACAUCUCGCAGUACGUGGCCGACAUCUGUGGACAGGAAAGCGGCAGCAAGAAAGAAACCCUCUCGGCUGCCAGGCAAUACGCAGAGCAUCACACCCUGAUGAUCGGUGACGCCCCCGGCGACCAUAAGGCGGCCGUGGCGAAUAACGCCCUGUUCUUCCCGAUCAACCCUGGACACGAAGAGGCAAGCUGGCGUCGCUUCUACGAAGAAGGCAUCGACCGUUUCCUCGCCGGUACCUUCGCUGGAUCCUACGAACUAGAACUCCUGGCCGAGUUCCACCAGUAUUUGCCCGAACAGCCGCCCUGGAACGUAAGAAGUACUCUCAUGGCAGAACUAUGUGACAUCGGCAUGGUCGGCUUGGGCGUGAUGGGGGCAAACCUCGCACUCAAUAUCGAAAGCCGUGGGUACCGGGUCGCGGGGUACGAUCUUUUCGAAGCUGCCGUCGAUAAGUUCGAAAACGAGACGGGCAAAGGCCGCAACCUGGUCGGCUGCAAGACGGUGAAAGAUCUCGUCGCCCAGCUCAAGACGCCUCGAAAGAUCAUGAUCAUGGUCAAGGCCGGCGAUCCCGUCGACGAGGUGAUCGGCGAGCUAGAGCCUCUGCUCGAAAAGGGCGACCUCAUCAUCGACGGCGGCAACUCCCACUUCGCCGACACCGCCCGUCGUAGCGAAUCGCUGGAAGCCAAAGGCCUCCGGUUCAUCGGCAUGGGCGUCUCCGGUGGUGAAGAAGGUGCUCUGCUGGGCCCCAGUCUCAUGCCCGGCGGAUCGGAAGAAGCCUGGCCGCUGGUCAAGCCAAUCUUUCAAGCCAUCGCCGCCAAGGUUGGGCCGAACAACGAUAUCCCUUGCUGUGAGUGGAUCGGCAGCGGAGGUGCGGGCCAUUACGUGAAGAUGGUCCACAACGGCAUCGAGUACGGCGACAUGCAGCUCAUCUGCGAGGCCUACUUCCUGCUCAAGCAUGCCGUCGGGCUCACCAACGCCGAACUCUACGACGUGUUCGACGAGUGGAACCGCGGCGAACUGAACAGCUACCUCAUUGAAAUCACCCGCGAUAUCUUCAGCGUGCAAGAUCCCGAUACCGGUCGCGACCUGGUCGAUUGCAUCCUCGAUGUGGCCGGCGCGAAGGGAACCGGCAAAUGGAUGAGCCAGCUCGCCCUCGACCUGGGCGUGCCCACCACGCUCAUCACCGAGGCCGUCUACGCCCGGGGGCUUUCGGCCCUGAAAGACGUCCGCGUUCGAGCCAGCAAAGUACUGCAAGGUCCCUCCGGAAAAUUCGACGGCGAUCGCGACGGGUUCAUCGAAGACGUUCGUCAGGCCCUCUACGCCUCGAAGAUCUGCAGCUACGCUCAGGGCUUCUUCCAACUUCAGGCCGCCGCCAAGGAGUACGGCUGGAAGCUGAACUUUGGCCAGAUUGCCUCGCUCUGGCGUGGCGGUUGCAUCAUUCGCGCCCAAUUCCUCGAUCGCAUCAGCGAAGCCUACGACAAAGACGCGAACCUGGAAGACCUACUGCUCGCUCCUUACUUCACCGAGGCCAUUGAAAAAGCCCAGCCUGCGUGGCGAAGGGUGAUCAAAACGGCCAUCGACUUGGGGUUGCCAACCCCCGCCGGUUCAGCCGCGUUGGCCUACUACGACGGGUUCCGCCAAGAACUCCUGCCUGCCAACCUGCUGCAAGCCCAGCGUGAUUACUUCGGGGCCCACACGUAUCAACGCGUCGAUAAAGAAGGCACUUUCCAUUCCGUCUCACAAAACGUGUCUGCCGAGUAUCUACAGUCUCUCUUUGGUCUCGAUGAUCAGGUGGCCGUCGUCACCGGUGGUACCGGAACACUCGGCGGUGCACUGGCCCGAGGGCUCGCCAGAGCCGGGGCCGCCGUCGUCGUAGCCGGCCGUGGGGCCGAUCGCGGUGAGGCCUGCGUGAAGAGUAUUGUCGAUGCCGGCGGAAAGGCCGCAUUCCUGUCGGUCGAUGUCACAUCGCGCGAAUCGAUCGAAGCCCUGCUCGCCGGCUCGCUCGAGCAAUUCGGUCGGGUCGAUAUGCUCAUUAACGGAGCCGGCGUGAACAGCGCCAGCACCUACUUCGAAGUGAAGGACGAAGACUGGCAGCGCGUGCUCGACUCGAACCUGCUUAGCGUGCAUCUAGGCUGCCAAAUAUUCGGCCAGCACAUGGCCUCCAACGGUGGUGGCGCAAUCGUGAACAUCGCCAGCGUCACGGCCCAUCUUCCGUUAUCUCGGGUGUUCGCCUAUUCGGCCUCCAAAGCCGCCGUGGUGAACCUCACCCAGAACGUCGCCCGCGAACUCGCCCCGCAGAAUGUACGUGUGAAUGCCCUCUGCCCCGGCUUCUUCCCUGCCGAGCAAAAUCGGGCCAUCCUCGAUGCCGAGCGGAAAAACAACAUCAUCGACCGCACCCCCGCCGGCCGAUUCGGCGAGCCCGACGAACUCAUCGGUGCCACCCUCCUGCUGCUCUCCCGCACCGCCGGCAGUUUCGUCACCGGCACCAGCCUCUACGUCGACGGCGGCUUCACCGGCAUGCGGUUCUAA